AUGAUUCUUUUCUUUUCGAUUUUUGGGGCAUCUUUUAUACCUAGAUAUAGCUUAACACCAGUGUUUGAGUUCACAAAUAUCAGUGAAAUCGGAAACUGGACGCUUCUUGGCAAUGCUCUUAAUAAAAAAUCACAUUUGCAACUGACAUCUGAAGCAGCAAAAGAGUUCGGCGCAGUUUGCCAACGUGUUCCUACACUAUUCAACGAUUGGAUGGUAUACUUAGAAUUAUCUAUUGAAGAUUAUAAACCUGGAGAUGGUUUUUAUUUUUAUUACAGUGAUCAAGUGUGCCAACUCACUACAGAAGACAUCAAAGGCUUUUCCAUAUGGAUAAAUACUAGUUCAGAAAGCGCAGAUGGCUCCUAUCCAAUAUAUUUUGGAGCAUAUGAUGGAAUUAACAUCACAAAGUUUGAAUACCUAAAUAUUGGCAAUGUAACAUUCCCCAAAACAACGAAGAAGUUGUUCUUACUCUUCCAAAAGCUCUCAGAUAUUGUUAAAGUUUCAUCAUGCGAGACAUCAAUCGCAGGACAAUACAAAGACUUGUUUAUCUUCAGCUACCCAACUUUAAUCAACCGUGGCUACUUCUCAUUUGUUGCUAAGAACUCAAAUACGAGCGGAACUUCAUUUUCUCUUCAUACAGUUCAAACAUAUUCAAACGAACCUUUACAAGAGAUUUUUGACCCUAAAAUAGAAUCACAUAACAGAAAAAUCAUCUAUUCUCGCUAUUACGAACGUCAAUUAAAGAAGAAAGGAAGAAGAUCGAAGAUGCCGAAGUCAUUGUUCUACAUUUCUCAGCUAAAAGAGAUCCAGAAUGUUACAGGAACCGAUAUAAUGCUCAAAGAUGCAAUAGAUAUUAUAAUUGAGUUAUAUGAAAGAUCAAUGAACUCAAUAACGUCAGGAGCACUGGAAAGAAUAAUCAGAAAUCGUUUAGAAAUACCUUUGAAUACAGCACAAGACAAAAUUGAGGCUGCAAGUGAAAAUCUUAACGCAACAAGAGAAUCUCUUGAAGAUUUAUGGAUAGAACUUAAUCAUAAGAUAAAGGGAAUACGAUCGGAAGCAGUUAUUUCUAUGGAAAGUAUUAAAAAAGAGAUGAUGGAAGCGGUAAAGGAUAUAUCAAUAGGAAAAUGCGGUCUUGAGUCAGCUCUUGGCCUUGAACCACAAAAGAAUGAGGCAAUUAUUGAAAUUCUGCGAAAAAUUGCUUUAGUUGAGCUUGUUAUUUAUAUAAUUUUCUUCAUCUAUAAGCAUAGAAAGACAAACGGCUUCAAAGGAGGAAAAUCAGACUAA